AUUCAUUCAACUGUAGAAAAAUUCCGUUACAAACAAAUUAUGAUGUUACUAAGUUGUUAGUUGGCGCGGCAGACGUCAAAAUCACUGAAAUUAACAAUAUUAUUCUUAUUCUUAUUGCUAUAUUACUACUAUAUUACUAUUUGUAGUAGUAGUAAUAGUAGCGUUUUUCCAGGAAAAAAGAUUGACUGAGUGUGAGUGUGAUUGUGUGUGAGAGAGCGAGCGAGCGAGACGGGGGAGAGGAGAGUAGCAAUUUGUUGUUGUACACACAAUGAAUGAUUACAUUUACAUGUUACCCAUUCCUGAAACAUUUGAUAAUACCAGUCAGAUUUCCAUUGCUAAUACUAACAAUAACAAUAGCAAUAUUAACAAUACCAAGAAUUAUUUCACUACAAUCACCGCAAUAACAUCAACAAAAACAGUUACAACUGAGAACGUGAUUUUCACGAAUGUAUCAAAUGAUCAAAAGACCUGUUAUGUAACAGAACCACACUAUCAUGGAUCAAUAUCAUCUUUCUGUCCUACAUUAGUCAAUGUUCAAAAGUCUGAUAAUAAUGAUGAUAACGGUGGAUGUUAUGCAACUGAUGAGGUUGAUGAUGAUGAUGAUGAAAAUGGAUUUAAGUCAGUUCAUCAAAAUACUCCUGUCUUCUAUCAUUCUAAUAAUUUCCAGUCCAAUCAAACAUGGCCAACUGGCAAUAAUGAAGGGAAUAUUCCUCAGCUGAAUAAAUUCGAGGGUAUUUAUCCUAGUGAAUGGAAUGCUGACAACAAACCGUUGACUUCAGACACAUAUCCUUCUAUACAACCGGAUAGUAUUACUCCUCAUAAUAAUAAUAAUAGUAAUACGACUGAUUAUCAUUUUUCGCCCAAUACAAAUUAUCUGAGUAUUUGUAACAGUAAUAGUUAUACUACACCUCCUACGACCACUACUACAACUAAUACUAUUACUAGUAAUAAUAGUGACAAUAAUAGUAAAACUGGUAAUCUUAAUAACACGCGUCCAAUUCCUACAGUCAGUCAUGGUUAUACCUACCAGCAGGGAAUAAAUUCCUCAGUUUAUGAACAACCCGCAUAUGCUUAUGAUAAUAAUAAUAACAAUCUACUCGGUAAGUGUAUAAACAAACCUGAUUAUCCUCAUUCUGUUAUCAUCAGUACGGCUACACUUCCUUCGUUAACCUGUCAUCAUCCUAAUCAUCAACAUGAACAACAACAACAACAGUCAUCGAUCAUUGAGUCUAAUGCAACAGAACAACACCAGCAACAACAACAACAGAUACAGAAUGCUUCUACACAUUUCUCUUAUGAAAUAUGUAAUAAUAAUAAUAAUAAUCGAUCAAUAAAAGAUUAUUCUAAAAGUUCAACAGGACUAGUUUAUUCAAAUGAAGACACUAAUCUACACAAUCAGAUAUUAUCGAAUCCAAUCACUAGUACAAACUGUCAUAUCCCUAAUUUACACGAAAGCACACGAGUAAAAACAAACAGGCAUAGUGGAGUAAACAGUUCACACAAUAAAUGCUUGUAUUCAUUACGUACUGGACUGAGCACUAGCAGAAAGCAUAGACCUUCUAUUCAUACAAUGCAUGGAAAAUCUUCAGAAUUAUUAUUUCGUAGCAAUCAACAGACAUACUCGCCGGAGUAUCAUCGUCAAGCGCCUAAAACAAAUCGAUUAACACAAAAGUUGACAUAUCGUACAACAGCAACAACAACUGCAAUUGCCAAUACUACGACGACUACUUCCACUACUGUUGCUUCUACUAGUAGUAAUAAUAUAAUCAACAGUAAUUUUAGUUACAAUUUAAAAUCCCCGCAAAAUCAUUCGACUCCAUUAAACAAUACUACCUGUCAGCUAAUCGAUUCAAUCAAUAACAACACCAAUAGUGUAUUGAAACAGACAACUUCACAAAUGAAUGCACCUGUAAAACACUCGAUAAACUAUGAAAUGUGCUCAAAAUUGAAACAAAACAAAGCACUGACAUCAUCUAAUAAUAAUAAUAAUAAUAAUGGUAGUAUUCUAACACGUUCCCCGUAUAAAUGUCGUAAGUGUAAAGGACACGGAAUGUCUGAACCUGUUAGACAACAUAAACGCAACUGUCCAUUUCGUGACUGUACAUGUGAUAUGUGUUAUCUUGUUGAAAAAGGUCGUCGUAUUGUCGCUCAACAGAUUGCUUUAUUUCGUGAUCAAAAAAGUCAUAAUUCACAUUAUAAGUAUUUAACGCAUUCAAAAGAUCCUCGUUCAUCAUCAUUAUCAUUAUCAUCAUCAACAACAACUAAAGAGAUUAUUACAAUGAAAGGAGCAUUGGAUAGAAUUGCUGAGGAUAUUGGACCACAUUGUCGUAGAUGUCGUAAUCAUGGUCAAAGUAUUUCAUGGAAAGGUCAUAAAAAAACAUGUCCAUAUCGUGAAUGUUAUUGUAAUCAGUGUAUACUGAUCUCUUUACGGAAAUCGAAUGAAAAAGAUUUAAGAGAGGUAGCACAAGAAUUCACUGAAAAUCGUCUAGACAAAGGAGCGAUGAAACCACCAUUAAAAGCCACUAAGGUUAACAGUGAGCUGAAUAUACACAGUGCUGAUACAAAGCAUCAAAAGCAUCAAACAAAUUUAUUAUCUGCUUAUCGAAUGUUGGAAAAAAAUAUUGGAUCAGAAGGAUACAAUGAAAAUAUUGUUUCAAAUUCACGUGAUCAAAUCUUUCCAGAUCGAUUCCAUUUCCCUUCAGUUGCUAAAAAUUGUACUAAUUCUUGGAUCCACCAACUGGUUACUUCUUCAGUGGCUACGUCAUCGUCAGUGUCAUCAUCAUCAUCAUUGUCAUCGUCAUCACGACCAUCUUAUGAGACAAAUAUCGGCCAAUGUGACAAUUUAUCCUGUCCCAGUGAUUAUCCUUCUACUAUACCUACACAUUUAAAUAUUGGAAGUACCAGUUUCCAUACUGUUCUUCAAGAAACAUUUACAAAACCCUUUCAAACUACUCAAAAUGCAUUGAGCUUAGUUAGAGAAUAUAAUAAUAAUGGAGGGAUUGUAGAUUCAACAAAUUUUAUCAAUGAUGAACUAACCUCCUCACAAAAGUUGAAUCCUACUCAUUCAAUGUCUGUAAACAGUAGUUAUAAUGAUCUGUCUAUGAUUCAAUGUCGAACAUCAACAACGACAACAUCAUCGACAGGAGGUUCAAAAACUCUGUCAGAUAAACUAACUGAUUCAAAUCCCUCUUGUCCACGUAGACUUCCUGACUAUUGUUCACCACAAGGAUAUUUUAAUUCAGGUUUACCUACGACUGCUACUACUUCGAUGACUACAUCAACAAUAAACCAUUUAUUCAAAUCACACGAUCUAGUUAACAGUACAGACAACAGUACGAAUUAUGCUUCAAGUCAAUUUUCAAAAGAUCAUGUUUUGUAUGAAUCAUUAGGGAGUAAAGAUGAGCCAGAGGCGUCAGCAUUACACCCUCUCCCUAAUAACAAUAUAAUAGAACCUUUCCCAUUUGAAUUUAAUAAAUCCGAUCGAGUGAGUGUUUUUUGUCAAAAUCUUAUUGAUAGUGUAAAAUCAAAAAACAAUGAUUACAAUGAUUAUUACUCGAAUUCCUCCCAAUUUAAGCCUAAUUAUUCAUCAUAUUCAUCUAAUGUCAAUAAAAGUGAUACUAUGAAUGAAUUUUUCCCUCUGAAUGGUAAUCAAGAGAUUAACUCGUGUCAUAUAGUAGCACCCUCCUCUUUGAUUACAAAUACACCUGUAGAUUAUAAUCAGUUUACCGAAGUGAUACAGUCUAGUCAUGAAGAGAAACUUGUUGGAGUAACAGCAGCGGCAGCAGCAGCACAUCAUGUUGCCGCGUUAGCUGCAGCUGUUGCCUAUCAUCAUCAACAACAGAAACAUCAACACGAUUAUUAUUAUAUUAUUACCAUCAUCAACAACACAUCGGGAACCAACAACACCAUACAACAGCAACAACAACCAGGAGAAAGUAGAACAGAACAAGAGCAACAAAAUAACCAACCAAUGACCAGUGAACACAUGAACGCCUUACCUGGAUCACUAAGUGUACCUUUAAACUUUUCAAAUAUGUAUAAUAAUAAUAAUAAUAAUAUUGUAACUACUGACAAUAAGGGAUUAAAUCAGACAACAGAGAGUAUAAUUAUCAAACCACCAUUGUUAGAAUCAUUUAAAACAGUUUAUACUCAAAAGACAAGGCAAUCAAGUGAAGAAAUUUACAUCCCUUCAUUGAAGAAAGAGUUGAAUAAAUUUUCAAGGGAAUUUUUCGAUGGGAGCUAUAAUAAUCAUUCUGCAAAUAAUUCAUCAUAUACUACUACUUAUUCGCCUACUUAUUUAUCAAAUCAUCAUCAUCAGAUACGUGAACAUCAUCAACAUGAUGCUUAUCAUCCUCAUCCUCAUCAACAACAUCAGCAACAGCAGCAGGAAGAGCAAUCCUAUUCGAUGAAUGAUACAUUUAUUAAUAACGAAAAUGUUAACAUAAAACAAUUGUCGACAAUAAAACAGAAAAAUCAACUUUAUGACUACCAAUCACAAUCUCAUCAACAUCAUUAUAAUGGUAUGAAUAAACAUGGUGAUGAUCAGAAAAGUGUUCCACACCAGACUGGUGUACAGAUUAAUCAAGAAAUUAAUAAAUUACAAAUAAUACACUUGACAAAUGCAAUUAUUCUACCUCCACAACAGUCUGUAGGACAAACACAACAAGAAAUCAACGGUAGUAUUAAUAAUAAUAUUAAUAAUAUUAACUGUAAUAACAACAACACAUCAUGGCCACCGUAUUACAAUUCACUAGUCAAGACACAGCAGAUCAAUCAAUCCAAUGAAACUGACUAUCGCCAUCAACAACAACGUCAACAACAUCAACAACAACAACAGUCGUAUAAACAUGAGAUUACGUCAACAGAUAAUUUCAGUAGUAUGAUGAGUACAACUGAUUUGAAUUCAUUGCCUAGUGAAUAUUGUAGUAAUCUUUUUAAAAAAUUUGAACCAUCAGAUAGUUUAUUUAAACAACAACAAAUAGGAAUUGAAGGAGGAGGACAGAGAAAUAAUAAUAAUAAUAGUAACAGGAUUGAUUAAUGUGUUAUUGAAAGAAAUCACCCAGUGAAAAUAUUCUGCUUAUAAUGAAUGAGACAGUUAAAUUUCUAAAGGAUUUAAUUAAUACUCUUUCUUAGUUGGACAACACAAUGUGUGACAAUUUACUUCAAAAACGUUUUGCUUAAUAAUGUUGAUAUUAUUGAUGCUUUCUUGAAGUUUUUCAACAACAGAAUAUUUUUAUGAUUUUGUUUAAUCCUCUCUCAAUGAAUUACUUAGACUGAUCUUAUUAUUAUUAUAUAUUCAUCCUCACUCAGUACAGUCUGUUGCUUUUCAAUGGUCAAAAAACAACAAACAA